AUGUUCAUCUCAAGCAUCAAUUUGAUCUUCAUCGUUCUGAGCUUCCACAACAACGUGCUCGGCGAUCUUCACGGUCUAUUCUUCACGAGCAAGCCUUGGCACACCGCCUUCCUGGUUCUCAACUUCAGGGGGGACAACACUGUCAUCAUGGUGGUGGCAAAUGCAAAUGUCGGUCCGCUGAGAGCCCACUGGGAAUAUGUGCCAGGCACGGAUAUCCUCGAUGUGUUCGCUAUUCACCUUACUCAAUCGCAGUACGAAGACGUUUCUGGCCUCUUCCCAUUGGAUUACGACUCGCACACACUAUAUGGCGUUCUUAUGCCUUUCCCGGGUCUCACUGGUAAAAUUCUUGUCAUGAGCCAUGGGCUUGGGUCUCAUUCUCCGGCCUCAAAUGUUCCGACUCAGAAUAGCGCCUGUACCGUACAGCCUGUACGGUACAGGGCGUUACGUCCCGUGCUGUACGAGCCCCGCACAGGCUGUACGGAUAAGGCGAGCGCGCUGGCGCUUCUACGCACUGCACAGGAUUUUGGUGGGCUCGUGGGCCCUCUGGCACUAGCCUGGGCGGCUGAUAUGUUUGGUAUGGGAGUACCGCUUUGGUCGGCUGCCGCGGCCGUUUCGGUCGUAGCUUUGCGUUUCUGGACGAAAGUAAAACGCUGA